AUGCAUCGCUCUUCAAAACGACAGAGACUGUCGCGCAAUGGAUCAUAUCGACGACUAGCCGAUCUCUCUCGAAGGGAGCUCGAAUCCGACCCUGACGAAGAUAUGAAGCCGCGCGACCUCUCCCCCCCUGGGUUAUGGGAUGACGAUUCGAAUCAUCUCGACCCACGCCAGGAGAUUGAGGUGCUCGCCGAUGUUAUUGUCGUGAAUACGGUGCUGGUUUCUGUCGAUGUCAACGCUGCGGGCGAAACCACUGCCAUCACGACAAUCGCUUCAGUCCCCUCGGUACCUGAAGUACCUGAUGUGCCUCCGUUUCCUAGCGACCUGACGGUCCCAGAAGUUCCACCAUACCCGUUUCCUGCAUCCGAUAUCACCUCAUCGUCUUUCCCCGAGGCAACUCCGUCCGCUGAUGUCACUCCAGCUGUGUCAGAUCCUGAGGUGCCCCUGACAACACCACCAGCAACAUCCGUUUCCGAAUUCCCCAUCUCUUCUUCUUCUUCUUCCUCUUCUUCUUCGUCAUCAUCCAGCAUUCCCAGCACGGACUCUCUAAGCUCCUCUAUACCUGAACCCUCAUCGUCCCCUUCCCCGAUCGUAUCGCCGACGGCGAAUUCGACCGUUACCACAUCUUCGUCCAGUAGUCUCUCAAACAUCUUCCUCAUAAACCUUAACCGAACCUCAUCUUCAUCUUCGGGUCACUCGAUGACCACCGCAUCCUCCGCUUUUGAAUCAUUGAGCUCUUUCAUUUCGCUGUCCGAUUUUGCAACCGAAACCGGGACAGCGGUUGUCCCUGGGAUUGGUCCAGGGGCAACCGACACGGCCGGAGGGGCUGGUUCAUCGGGUACUGGGGAAGACGGUGCUGGGUCAGGAGACGGUGAUAAUAAACCUGUGUCCACUCCGGUGGUGGUUGGAGGGGUAGUCGGCGGCCUGGCAGGAAUUACAUUGCUUCUGGUCGUCGCACUACUCUUGCUCCGAUGGUAUAAAAGAAAGAGUAAUGGUCUCCCGCUCCCUGACACCGACACCCGCGAUGCCUCCAACCCAUCCCGCCGUAGUGGCAUGCACACCAUUAUUCCCGCGACCCUUCGACGCCUCUCCGGGCCCCACCAUGGGAUUACGGCCGCCGCCGCCGACGAGAAAGGCUUCCAAAAAGUCAGCGGGCGUAAGCUACCCUCCGCAUUCGCCACUCCUGGUCAAGAGCCUCAACUUCCCAACAUCCAAGACAUGGGCGCGGCAGGCCUAACCAUCGGCGCAUCCGGCGCCGCGAUCCGCGAUUGGGAAAAGAAAGAUAUGGGCAUCCCGUCCUCAUCGGCCAGCCUCGCCCCGGCCUUACGUCCGCACGACAGCACCAUGACCUCCAGCUCCUACUACCCCGGCGACCGCGACAGCCGAGCCACCUACUCCUCCCUCCCCAGCGGUGCCGGCAUCCUCGCGCCCGCGCCCCUCGCCCUGGCCCCCGCGCUGCCGCGCGACUCCACCAUGACCACCGGCACGGCGCCUGUGAGCCGGGACUCGGUCCCCGGGACCCUGAUGCCAUCGCCCGCGCGUACGCCCACGGUACACCAUUCGCCGGGCGGGCCGGGGACGUUCCCGUUCUUGCCGCCCCCGUCGCCGCCUGUGCCAAGGGAGGCGUCGCGGACGGGGACGGCGAGUAGUGCGGGGUCGGUGGGGGUAAGGCAGGAGGAUAGUCGGGGCACGUUGGGGCGGAGCUUUGCUAGCCAUGAUGGGAGUCGGGGGAGUCGGUUUACGGAGGAAGUCUGA